GAAUUUCGGGAGAGUUAUCUCCCUUGGACCGUGGACCGCGCCGACACGAGAUCUCGUGAGCUACGUGAUAUCAUCGCUGUGACGCGUUGGCGCGGUCUCUUAUACUUCUAGAUAUCGAACCAGCAACACAAUGGACAACAUUCUCAGAGUUGAUUAUUCCUCGAGUGAGGAAUUCCUAAGCGCAGAGGAGGAGGCGGCACCUCCAGAGGUGGAGUUAGCUCCUCCGGAGGUGGAGGAAGGGACAGAGGGCCCUAAGGGGGAGGGGAACUGGUCAGAGUUCCCCUUCUACGGAGAAUCUGACACCAUCCAAGGGAUGGGAGAGGAGGCCAGUGAGCCUGAGGGGGAGGUCCUCGGUGAGGGGACUCAGGAUCCCGAGGAGGAGCUGGCCUCCAGUGAGGAGGACGGGGGGUGGAGCUUCAAGCCUGUGAUCAGGAUGGGCCCACCCCAGUUCAUCCUGGACAUGCCCGUGGUCUCCGGGGAUGACCCUGUGAUUCCUGCUCCCAGGAUCACUAGGACGGCUCCGCUCGAGACUGAUCCGGAGUCGGUCCGACCGUUCCUGGGGUGGGGGGCCUUCAGGGCACCCCAGAGACCAGUGGAGGAGGUGGUUGAGGCCACCCCGCCGGUGCCUUUCCAGGGGGCCCCUUUUCCUCCCAACUCGGAGGAGAAGGAGGCACCGGGAAAGGACCGGAAGCCCAGGAGGAGGAGGAGAUCCGGAAGACGGAGGCGGUCAGCUGCCUCUGCGUCUCCCUCCACCUCUGGUCAACCUUCAGGACCCAGGCUGAACCUGCAGCCGGGUCCGAAGGUAAGCGUUCAACCUCCUGAGCGGUUUUCUGCUCGGAGUUGGGAGGAGCCUUCUUGCCAGUUAGCUGGUAGGGGGCUAGCUUCCCUUACAGGGGAAAGGGGGUCUAGGGCCCAGUCCCUGGGACCCCUCCCCUACAUUCCUGCCGGGGCCGAGGGAGGGUUUGUGCCUCUAGAGCGGUUCUCUGCUCGAGGCACGGCCUCCUCCGCCGAGAGGCGUCGUGUCCCUUCGCUGGCAAGCGAGCAAGGGGCAUCGUCCUCCCCCUUCGAGCCGGCUAGAAACAAAGGGGUCAGGUACCGGAACUGUGACCUGUGCCCGGAUGUUGACCGCCACCCUAGGCGUCACGCCCUCGCCGUUCACCUCAAUUUGUUGGUGAACGUGGAGGGCGGAUGCCUGGCGUGUGGGGUGGGCGAGAACAACCGGGAGCAGUUGACGCAGCGACACCCUGACCAUGAGGGCAGCCCCGAUGAUGGCUGGGACCAAUGGGUCAGGGACCUUGUGCGGAUGCUCUGUGCACAGGCCCAUGACUGCGGGGUCCCAGACGUCCUGGGUCUUCUUGCCCUUAUAGUGGAGGGUAGACAUUACCCAGCGCGGGCUGUUGAGGCUCCUCGUCCCUUCUCCCCCAGAGAGACCUUGGUGGCGGAGGCCAUCAAUGACUUCCUGGGGGAUGAUGGGCAGCCUUCUUCAUUGUUACAGACAUUGUCAUCCUAA